AUGCAUAGCUUACUGCCUCUCGCCUUGACCUGCUGGUCGCUGCUGGCGCCGGUGACUGCUUCACCUCUUUCGGAUUUGCUUAUGCCUUGGGAACGACGCGAUAUUCAACCUGCGCCGCGGCCGAUAAGGGCGAGGUCUAUGAUCAAGCGCGAUGCCGAUACCACCUUUAGUUUCGACCACGACUUUUCAGAUGUGACUUUGUUUUCAGGUGCUUGGACCGCCGCAAAGGGAGUUGAUAUCUCGCUGGAUCUAUCCUGCAGCGAGUGCAGUACUUCCGGUACCAUCAGGGCGUCUGCUGAAUUCCCGGAUGAUCUCGGGGACUUCCUCCACGACAUCAAAGACUUGAACCCGCUUAACGACGCCAGCUUGACGAUUGGCUUCGAAGGAGUUGGUGCUACUAUCGGCAUAAGGCUGGCCGUCGACGGUGAUGGCCAGUUCACCAUCCCGCUAUUCAAGUCCGAGACACCCCUCGGCAUUUCAGGCCCUGGAUUCGAAGUCGGUGUUACUUUCAACGCGGACCUCAUCGUCAGUGUGACGGCCGAGAUCUCAACCGAGACUGGUUUCGAAGUUACUAUCCCUGAUGGAUCGUCUUAUAAGAUACCUCUCGACCCUAGCAUCCCCAACACUGCCAACUUCGACGGCGCCCAGACGACUCUUCUCCCCUUAACCGUUGACGCUCCCGCUGAGAUCACCGUGGCGCUGCGUCUGCGUGUCCAGGCCGGUGUAGAUCUACCCGGUAACAAGCUCUUCGAUGCGCAGGCCAUCGUCGGCGCGUUCCUGUACAUCCCCGAGGUGACACUCACGGAAGAGUUCUCGCAACAAUUCGACCGCAACGGCAGCAUCACCGAGGCAGGCGAAUGUCUGCUUCCCGCGUCCGCGGAUAUUAACAUUAACGCAGGCGUGUUCGUCGACAUCGGCGCGGACGUGGCCAACAACCCCGUUGUUGACUUCAACCCUACGCUCAGUACUACCGUCUUCACCGCGUCUACUAGCACUUGCUUCUUGACUGCCACCGGAACCCCCGAGCCUACUCCUGCGCUGGGAACGGGCAAGAAGCCCGUCGGCACGGGUAUCCGCACUCGAACUAGAGCGUCGUCUAAGACGAAGGCGCCGGCCAAGCCCACCGUCACGAGAAAACCACUUGUUACUGGCACCGGCUCGACUUCUCUCGCACCUCCCGAGAUGACGCCUCCAACCUCUGUCUUGGCCUGCCCCGUGCCCCUGGUUACCGAGAAACACACGACGACAGGCAGGUAUACCAUCACGGAGUGUGCCGCCCAAGUCAUGAACUGCCCAGCUAGCUUGACUCAGAUCGUCGUCGUCGACGACACCGCCACACUAACCACAACACACUGCCCUAUCUCCGCAACCGGCGCUCCCUACGCCAACGCCACCACCCCUCUCCAGCGCGGCAACCCCAUCCCGCUGAACAGCCUAACGGCACCAAUCGUCAACACCCUAUCCAUCGACCCUCUAGUCGUCGUGCCCACCGCAACCAGCGUCCAGGCCACGCCUCGCGCCAAGAAGACCCCCGAGCCGGAGCAAGAGCCAGAGCCAACCCCAGCUCCAGCUCCAGCCCCAGCUCCUUCACCCGCCGAGCCCGCCCCCACGGAACCCGUAGCCCAGGACGAUUCUGCCCCAGCUCCGGCUCUUCCCGCAGACGCGAACAACAACGCCGCCGUCCAGCCGUCUGUCAUCUACAAGACCAAGACCGAGAUCAUAACUACAACCCGGUGCCCCGACGCGCACACCAAGCGCGCAUCGCCAUCGCUGCGGCGGCGUCGGGCUAUCUACUAG